AUGAAGCUGAACGUGACGGAGGGGGACUCUUCGUGGACACUAAGUACUCCAAGAUACUGCGGAGUAGGUUCGAACCAAAACGCGCUGCCGGGUCUCUCAAACGAUUUCAAGCCUUCAGCUCUACCCGUUGGGGGCGCUAAAGGUGGUGGAACGUCACGAAAAAAUACGAGCAGAGGUGGUUACCUAUACAAUUUCACUUAUCGCCACGAUGACGAGGGAGGAGCGGAUCCUGUUGAAGAUCCUUGUAAAAUUGAAUACCCGAAGUGGGAGGCACUGCCUAAAGCAUUAGCGUAUGUGCUGCCGCUGUCUCUGGAGCGGAAAUUACCGCCGACACCGUUGAGAAUAUCCCCAAUGUUAGAGAGUGGGCAGACCAAAAUCCUUUGCGUUUCGACUAUCUCUCCUGACCUACCUCAAUUCAACUUCGAGGUACUGCUCGGUUCGCUUAGUACUAUAGAGUUCUGGGUAGUAAUUGCCACCAAACGUGUUCGGGGAUGUACAGUCUGCUGCGUUCUCGACGGGCACGGCCCAUUCGGUCACGAGAUAUGCCACGUCGUCCAGCAAGACUUGCUCAGGCUAACUACUGACAACCCAGAUUUGCCGGUCCGAUCAAGAAGCGUGCUUCAAGAAGCUUUUCUAAAGGCUCACAGCAACCUGAAAGCGAAGUGUGACGCCUUCCAACUGGACAGCAAGCUCAGCGGCACUACCGUUACCCUCCUAGUGUACUUGAGAGAACAAAACAAGCUGUUUAUUGCUCACGUUGGCAAUAGCAGAGCUGUGCUGUGCAAGUUUAACAGAUAUGGUUGUGGGGUCCGUGCGGUCGACCUCACUGUGGACCAUACUCCUACCAACAAUAAGGAGUUUCGACGGAUUGUUAAAGCUGAAUACAAAAUCGAUGGCAAACGCGACAAGUUCCUCCUACUUUGCACUGACGGCGUCUGGAACGUCAUUUCAUCGCAAGAGGCAGUUGAGAUAGCCAAUACUGCAAAGCAAAAAGAAUGGAGAACAGCCCCCGAAGAACUAGCUCGAGAGUCGUGGCGUCGGUGGAUCAACGAAGAGCAAAUUUUCGCAGACGACAUGACUGCUCUCUUCCUAAAACUCUCUUGA